GGGGCACAAAACAAGGCCCUAAAAAUAACAACUCCUGUUUUCCAUUAAGCAGUGAGUUGAACAGUGUUCGGCGGGUAACUUGCUGCAGGGAUAUCUGAGGAUUUGGUGGAAAGACUUUUUCGUCAUCACAGAAAGUUGGAAAUUCUGAAAGACGUUGGAAAAGGGAGCUCAAAGUGGAAUCACGGUCGGAACAAUGCCACGGGGAUCAGGUCAACAAACAAUUUACUCCAACAGCCAUUACGUGUCGCAUAGCAAACUUCAAUCGCCGUUGACAAUUCAGUGGCUUAAUGAAAAUUACGAAGUUUCUGAAGGAGUCAGUUUGCCUCGAAGUGCAUUGUAUUCUCAUUAUUUGGACUUCUGUGAAAAGAAUAACUUAGCUCCAGUCAAUGCAGCUAGUUUCGGAAAGAUUAUUCGCCAUACCUUUCCGAAUUUAAAGACCAGAAGGCUUGGAACACGUGGUCAGUCCAAGUAUCACUAUUAUGGAAUCACCAUCAAAUCAACCUCUCCUUAUCAUGACACCGUCUGCAAUGCAGCGAGGCAAAGCAACACCGGUUUUAGCCAAUCAUACAGCAAAACGGACAUAGAUGAGAGAACUCAGGGCCAUACAGUCCAUAAGAGUAAUAAUGGGACAAAUUCAUGUGUCACCACAGCGCCCGGAGGGACUUUAUUACCUGACUUCCCAAAGCCCAGCAAACUGACCUUACCGGAGGACGUGUCCCAAGAAAAAGUCAAAACGUUUCUUAUCAUGUACCGUGCACACUGCCAAAGAAUUCUAGACACCAUCCUGAGAGCAAACUUUGGAGAGGUACAGAAUUUCUUAGUUCACUUUUGGCAAGGAAUGCCCAGUCAUAUGCUGGAAGUCCUCAGUUGCAGCGAAGUUGUAGACCUAAUUGGUCAGUGUGACACCAUCCUAUACAAAGCCAUCAGCGGAGUAUUAAUUCCCGGAACUCUUCAGCCUUUACCAGCAAGUUUGACUCAAGCAAUCCGUCAGUUUGCACAACAGCUGGACGAGUGGUUGACUGAAUCGUUGACUCAUUUGCCGGAACCAUUACAGAAGAAAAAGUUGGCAGUUGCUAAGAGUUUCUCACACUCACUGCGAAGGCAGACGUCUUUAACACAUCUUGCACAGGCUGCCCGGACAGUAUUGCAUAGCGCAGAGCCUGUAUCCCAGAUGCUUAAUGAUUGGAAGCAAAUCGACUUCGAAGGAAUUACCCGUCAGGCCAUGUGGACUUUCAGCGAAUCCGUAGACGACGAUUAUGAACUUGUUUACGAACACUAUAAAGAGUUUACACAGCUUCUCGAUCAGCAAGCAACCAUAGAUCAGUACGCCGAAUGGGCAUCCAGUUUGGUCAACCGCUGUGUUUUGAAGCAAGUGGAGAAGACUGGAAAAACUUACAAGGAGUGCUCAAAAGAUUUUCUUCUCAAAUGGUCCUUUUUCAGCAUUAAAAUUGUGCGGGAAUUAACAUUGCACAGCGCUCACAGCUUCGGUUCAUUUCACCUACUACACAUGCUCCUCGAAGAUUAUAUCCUUUACACGGUUGAAAACCACAACAAUGUGGAUGAACCAUCGGCCCAGUCCUCUGUUCGCGUUACCAAGGAGACCAACGUUCUGGAGGAACCUACGAGCGAAGGCAUGGAAGUUGAUGUCGUUGGGCCGAGGUCCACUGGCGCUAGGAAGACUGCUUGUCGAAGACAUUCAAGCUCUUCUUCAAUGGGUUCUCACAGGAGCCCCAGAGACUUGCCUUCCCAGAGGAGCCCAGCACAGCCCGUCAUGAUGCGUUCUUCGUAUCACGACAUGUCGCCGCAUCCCAUGACACCAAUGACGCCUACCACACCAACAAACAACAACAAUAACAACAACAACAAUAUAGGGAAAUACCCCAUGAUGGCAGAACAGGGCCACUUCCUAUAUCCGUCGCCUGAGGCCUAUGGAGCAAGGUAUAGUUAUGGGCCCAGCCAAGGUAGCUUGAUGCCCGCUAUGAAUCAUGGAAACAGCUUUGCCCCGACCAGUGGAAGUGAAGGGGGAAUUGCCAUGGGAGACUUUGACAUGUCGAGCAGUUAUGCGACAGAUGGAACUGGGUAUGCCGCUGGUCGCUCUAAAACCAGUAUGGCGGACUCCAGCUACGCAGUUAUGAAUCCUGCAGCCAACAUGGCGGCUUAUGAUUACAGGGGAAUCUCUUCAAUGGACCAUAUGAAGCAUUAUUCUCAGUACCCUCUCUCGGAACGAAGCUAUCCUUCCAGUUACAUGUUUCCAACGGCCGCAAUAACGACAAACGCCAUGUAUCCUCUGUCAGGGGUCAGCGGUGGCACUAAUGACAGGUUUUAUCCGGAUGUGCUCGAGGAGUUCGUAGAUAUGCAGGCUGCAAUGCAUCAUGGAAUGCCUCCCCGAUCUGUGAGGUCCGAUUAUCCUUACACACCCGCAAUCCUGAGCAAUUAGAUACUUUGGUUGAUGUUGAGGAGAAACGUAAAUCAACUGUAUGGUAUUCAAAUUUUAAUAGUCUUAAUCGAAACUUGAAAAAAUAUUUUCAUGGAAAUCUUUAGUAUCUAUUGAAGAUCGUAUUGCAUAUAAAAAAUUAUAAGAAGUUCUUGUAGAAAUUUGAUGCCAUACAAUGAAUGAUGAAAUCAUAUCAAAGACAAAAUGAAUUAUUUUAACUUAAAACUUAGAAUUUUACGGGGUUUACAAAAUUUUUACCUCUGAGGAUGAAAUAUUGUUUUUCAGAUAGUUUGAAAAUGACGCUGUUGUAGUUUGGACAACAACAAAAGUUGAUAAAGUGAUUUAUUCACAUUUUGUAGAAUUGUGCUGGUAAAAAGACGCAAGAGUACAAUAUUAUUUAAGAAUACGAUAUUUUACCAGCUAAAUCACGAAGUGAGAGGAAUCGGUUUUAGAUAAGUUUGAACGUUUCUCGUUACCUACAGGAGACGUCCCAGUAUACCAAAAUGUGAAUCAAUGUUCGCAUCCGAGCAACUGCGCACCUACUCCCCCCCCUUCCCCC